AGGCCCCGUCCAUUCAUCGUCUGAUGUCAUCUCUGCUGGAUCGGCGGGUUUGGUGGGACCUCAGCCCAUUUCCCAGCAGAGGAAACCGAGGCUCCGAAGUGGUAACUUGCCUGAGAUCUCCUGGCAGGGGCCUUGUCGCCCGCUGCCUGCCUGCCCUGAGGUGUGGAGUGAGGACUCCCAGCACUUUGGGAUAAAAGCUGUGCUCACCAAGUGAGCGGCCCCGUUUGGCCUGGAAGCCUCUUAUCUUGGCAUCUGUCCACCUUUACACGGAGCUGAAGCUGGACCGACCCCAGAGCAUCUGCAUAGAGUGAGGGAAGGACUAGAACAUGCUCUGAAGACCCCUGCAGCAAGACCCGGGAAGCAGUGAGCUCAGUCCAAACCCAGAAGAAACCCAAGGACGGCCCCUCGGAGAACCACCUGCUCCCCCGCACAGCUGUGGAACUCGUGUUUGCAGUCGCCCUGCGCCCAGCCCACCAUGGCCUCCGCUGACAAGAAUGGCGAGGGCGUCUCCUCUGUGUCCAGCAGCCGCCUGCAGAGCCGGAAGCCGCCCAACCUGUCCAUCACCAUCCCACCUCCUGAGAACCCGGCGCCGGGCGAGCAGGCCAGCAUGCUGCCCCAGAGGCCCAGGAACCCAGCCUACGUGAAGAGUGUCAGCCUCCAGGAGCCACGGGGACGAUGGCAGGAAGGCAGCUCGGAGAAGCGCCCCGGCUUCCGCCGCCAGGCCUCCCUGUCCCAGAGCAUUCGCAAGGGCACGGCCCAGUGGUUCGGGGUCAGCGGUGACUGGGAGGCCAAGCGACAGCACUGGCAGCGCCGGAGCCUCCACCACUGCAGCGUGCGCUAUGGCCGGCUCAAGCCCUCGUGCCAGCGCGACCUGGAGCUCCCCAGCCAGGAGGUGCCCUCCUUCCAGGGCGCCGAGUCGCCAAAGCCCUGCAGGAUGCCCAAGAUUGUGGAUCCCCUGGCCCGCGGACGGGCGUUCCGUCACCCGGACGAGGUGGACAGGCCCCAUGCCCCGCACCCGCCGCUGACCCCAGGGGUCCUGUCCCUCACCUCCUUCAGCAGCAUCCGCUCUGGCUGUUCCCACCUGCCCCGCCGCAAGAGGAUGUCUGUGGCCCACAUGAGCUUUCAGGCUGCUGCCGCCUUCCUCAAGGGCCGCUCCGUGCUGGAUGCCACGGGCCAGCGGUGCCGCGUGGUCAAACGCAGCUUCGCCUACCCCAGCUUCCUGGAGGAGGACGUGGUGGAUGGCGUGGACACAUUUGACUCCUCGUUUUUUAGUAAGGAGGAAAUGAGCUCCAUGCCCGAUGACGUGUUUGAGUCUCCCCCACUCUCGGCCAGCUACUUCCGGGGCAUCCCACGCUCGGCCUCUCCGGUCUCCCCCGAGGGGGUGCAGACGCCUCUAAAAAAGGAGCACGGCCGAGGCCCACUGGACGGGGCCAGGCGCGGCAAGCGCAUCGCCUCCAGGGUGAAGCACUUCGCCUUCGACCGCAAGAAGCGGCACUACGGGCUGGGCGUGGUGGGCAACUGGCUGAACCGGAGCUACCGCCGCAGCAUCAGCAGCACCGUGCAGCGCCAGCUGGAGAGCUUCGACAGCCACCGGCCCUACUUCACCUACUGGCUCACCUUUGUCCACAUCAUCAUCACGCUGCUGGUGAUCUGCACGUAUGGCAUCGCACCUGUGGGCUUUGCCCAGCACGUCACCACCCAGCUGGUGCUCAGGAACAAAGGUGUGUAUGAGAGCGUGAAGUAUAUCCAGCAGGAGAACUUCUGGAUUGGCCCCAGCUCGAUUGAUUUGAUCCACCUGGGAGCCAAGUUCUCCCCCUGCAUCCGGAAGGACCAGCAGAUCGAGCAGCUGGUGCUUCGGGAGCGAGACUUAGAGCGGGACUCGGGCUGCUGUGUCCAGAACGACCACUCGGGCUGCAUUCAGACCCAGCGGAAGGACUGCUCGGAGACUUUAGCCACUUUUGUGAAGUGGCAGGAUGAUACAGGGCCCCCCAUGGAUAAGUCUGAUCUGGGCCAGAAGCGGACAUCAGGGGCAGUGUGCCACCAAGACCCCAGAACCUGCGAGGAACCAGCCUCGAGUGGCGCCCACAUCUGGCCCGAUGACAUCACCAAGUGGCCCAUCUGCACCGAGCAGGCCAGGAGUAACCGCACCGGCUUCCUACACAUGGAUUGCCAGAUCAAGGGCCGCCCCUGCUGCAUUGGCACCAAGGGCAGCUGUGAGAUUACCACCCGCGAGUUCUGUGAGUUCAUGCACGGCUAUUUCCACGAAGAGGCAACACUCUGCUCCCAGGUGCACUGCUUGGACAAGGUAUGCGGGCUGCUGCCCUUCCUCAACCCCGAGGUCCCCGAUCAGUUCUACAGGCUCUGGCUGUCUCUGUUCCUCCACGCAGGCGUGGUGCACUGCCUCGUGUCCGUGGUCUUCCAAAUGACCAUCCUGCGGGACCUGGAGAAGCUGGCCGGCUGGCACCGCAUCGCCAUCAUCUUUAUUCUCAGUGGCAUCACCGGCAACCUCGCCAGUGCCAUCUUCCUCCCAUACCGGGCGGAGGUGGGCCCAGCGGGUUCGCAGUUCGGCCUCCUCGCCUGCCUCUUCGUGGAGCUCUUCCAGAGCUGGCAGCUGCUGGAGCGGCCCUGGAAGGCCUUCCUUAACCUGUCGGCCGUCGUGCUGUUCCUGUUCAUCUGUGGCCUCCUGCCUUGGAUCGACAACAUUGCCCACAUCUUCGGCUUCCUCAGCGGCCUGCUGCUGGCCUUCGCCUUCCUGCCCUACAUCACCUUCGGCACGAGCGACAAGUACCGCAAACGCGCCUUUAUCCUCGUGUCGCUGCUGGUCUUUGCCGGCCUCUUCGCCUCUCUCGUCAUCUGGCUCUACGUCUACCCCAUCCACUGGCCCUGGAUCGAAUACCUCACCUGCCUGCCCUUCACCAGCCGCUUCUGCGAGAAGUACGAGCUGGACCAGGUGCUGCACUGACCCCCGAGGGACGGGCUGCCUGUCUGCGGAGUGCCCCAGCCCGCACCCUGGACACCCGCCACCGGGGGGGGGCCCCGGCCCUCCCUCCACCAGCCACGCCAACUCCACGGGGACAGUCACAGAGGCCGGUUCCUCCCGGGAGGGAGGCCCCCCUUCCUCAGUCUGGGGGACACCCUGAUCACGUGCUCCUCUGCUGCUCCCCUGCUGGCGGGACCCUUGCCCCGGCAUGGGCUUCUCUCCGUCCCCAGGUCCUGGGCUUUGCCCACCUCCUCCCUCAGCCCCUGCUCGUGCUGCCCCCACCCCCCGCCAUACACACACGCACCAUUACCGUGCAUGUGCCCUCACUGGGACGUGGCCAGGGUUCCCACCAGGUUCCCGCCUCUGCCUCACCCUCCCUGCCCUAUGAGCUCAUGCCCCUCAUUCUGCAGAGGCCGGCGAGCCCGCCCCUCCUGCUCCUGGACCAGACGUGUGGGACGGGCUCUGCCGUGGUCUGGGGCAGAGGCCGAGCACGGAGACACAGUGAGGCUGGGAAGCUGAGAGCCUCUGCUUGCUGGUGGCAAAGAGAGGCCGUCCUCCCUCUGUCCUGGGCCUCCGUUGGAGUCAGUGUUCUGCCCUGUGGGCUGGCUCUGAGGAGGCCAGCCCUCCCCCUCUCUGCCUCACUCCUGCCCAAGUCGGGGCGGGGGCCGGGCCGCCUCAGGGACCUGCUCCCAGGGUUGCCCAAGGCUCAGUCAGGCCCUUUUUCUACCGGUUUAUAUCAUGGUUCUAAUUUUUAAAAGUAACGCUAACUUUAUAUGGAUGAAGACUCAAAUGUAGUAAAUGAUAGUCUCUAGAA